UACAGAUGUAUUUAAUCUAUGAUUUACGGUUUGACUGAUCAAACUGUCAAGUGUCAUCUUUUCUUAUCUGUCUCAUAUUUGAUUAUAAAUAGUUUAAUUUUUACUCUUAACGAGUGACAUUUCUAGAAACGAGGACGACCCGUUAGAGAGCUAAAAGCUGCUAUUUUAAAAAAAUAGGCGAUAAUGUGGAAUUUUUAAUUAGGAACGGCAAUUGAUUAAGCACGUUCUUGAUAUCUUGUAUUCACUGUCGUUGGAUGUCAAUUGAAUAAAGUGACAAUGAAUUUUGGAGUUGAUUGGGACGCGGAGCAUCGGCGCGUCCUGUUAGACGGCAAUGCGGCGUUGGAACGUUCAGCACAGUCGGUCGCAAGAUCGCAAGCGAUCGCAGCGGAAAGUGAACAAAUAGGGACCGAGGUGAUCUCUGAACUGGGUGAACAGAGAGAACGUUUGCUGCGAGCUAAGCGGAGGUUGUCGCAGACAGAUGAGGAACUGAACAGAACGCGGAAAAUUCUGAAUAUCAUGCGAUUAAGGGUUUUGACGAAUAAAAUUGUGCUGAUCCUUAUUAUAUUAUUAGAAGUGGCUAUACUUAGCAUUAUUGUAUAUUUAAAGUUUUUUCAUUAAUAAGCAGAAUCAAAUUAAGGAUUAGGAUUGUAUACAUACAUAUAACAU